UCUCCUCAAGUAUCAGAGUUCACAUAUUUAUCUCAUACAACUCCUUCAAAACAAUCUAUUUCUUUCUCUUUUGAAAAACAAGAAGAAACAAUGGCUUUCCGCAUUCCAGGUAUUAGAAAGGCAUCACUUUCUGCAUCAAAAGGGACUAAUGUUCCAAAAGGCUAUCUUGCAGUAUAUGUGGGAGAUAAGAUGAGGCGGUUUGUGAUUCCUGUAUGUCACUUGAACCAGCCUUCAUUUCAAGAAUUACUAAACCAAGCAGAAGAAGAAUUCGGAUAUGAUCAUCCAACCGGUGGUCUCACAAUUCCAUGCAGUGAGGAUGAGUUCUUAAAUCUCACUUCUCUAACAAUGGCUUUUCGCAUUCCAAGUAUUAGAAAGGCAUCACUUUCUGCAUCAAAAGGGACUAAUGUUCCAAAAGGCUAUCUUGCAGUCUAUGUGGGAGAUAAGAUGAGGCGGUUUGUGAUUCCUGUAUGUUACUUGAACCAGCCUUCAUUUCAGGAGUUACUAAGCCAAUCAGAAGAAGAAUUUGGUUAUGAUCACCCAACAGGCGGUCUCACAAUCCCUUGCAGCGAGGAUGCAUUCCUGAACCUCACUUGUCAAUUAAGUGGGCAGUAAAUUGUGCUCAUAGAGACUGACAUAGAUUAGUUGAGACAAAUUUUGUACAGAAGGCUCUUUCUUUUGAUUUUGAAGAUUGUCCAUUUUGGUCCCUUCCUUGUAUCAUUCCUUUGAAAGUGUAAAAAUAGCACAUGAAUGAAAGAAAGUUAUUGCAUCUCA